CUGUGCGCUGAGGGUCUGCAGACUGCAGGAGCCGUGCAUCGUGAUCUUCGAUUUUCACGAGAGCCCUGCAAGGUCAGCACCAUGGCCGCUCCACAGGAUUCAAAUGAGACUUCCUAUCUGUUCCCUCCAAACAGUAAGGACUGGGAAGAGCAAGGCAUUCCUGACUUUGUCUACGGGCAGAAGGAACUUGUUCUGGAAGGGAUUCAGUGGCCUAGGACUGCCCCCAGCCUCCUGGACACAACACCGUGGUCUCGCUUCGACUCUGCUCUCUGCUCCGCCUGGAGGCAGCGGAUGGACCUGGGGCUCUUCCGCUACCGCCUGGGGGAGCUGCAGACCCAGACCCUCCCGGGUGCUGUGGGUUUUGUGGCUCAGUUGAAUGUGGAGCGAGGUGUGCAGAGGAGGCGCCCCCAGAACAUCCGGAGUGUGAAGCAGGCAUUUGACCCUGAACAGUUUAACUUCAACAAGGUCCGGCCAGGAGAAGUCCUUUUCCGUUUGCUCCGGGAGCCCGAUCUCCCAGGUGCUCUCCAGCAAGAGGACAUCCUCGUCAUGAUCAAUGUCAGCCCCUUGGAGUGGGGCCAUGUGCUGCUGGUGCCCGAGCCCACCCGUGGGCUCCCCCAGCGCCUGCUGCCAGGUGCACUGCGGGCCGGAGUCGAGGCAGUGCUGCUGAGCUCACACCCGGGCUUCCGCGUCGGCUUCAACAGCCUGGGUGGGUUGGCCUCGGUGAACCACCUGCACCUGCACGGGUACUACCUGGCUCACAGACUGCCUGUGGAGGGAGCACCGAGCGAGCCCCUGGACCCUGGGGGCCGUUUGCAUCUGCUCCGGGCCCUCCCAGCUCCCGGCUUCCUCUUCUACACAAGCGGGCCGGGGCCUGACUUGGAAGCCCUGAUAAGCAGGGUAUGUCGGGCCACCAACUACCUGACCGACCAUGAGAUUGCCCAUAAUUUAUUUGUGACCCGGGGGGCCCCCCCUGGAAAGACAUCACCUUCCUCCGCUCUCACAGGCAUCCGAGUAAUUCUGUGGGCCCGGAAGUCCAGCUUUGGGGUAAAGGAAGGCGAGGCGUUCAAUGUCGCCCUCUGUGAGCUGGCCGGGCACCUCCCUGUCAAAACGUCCCAGGAUUUCGGCAGUCUGACAGAGGCAGCCGCUCUGGCCCUCAUUCAAGACUGUCUGCUGCCCUCGGCCCAGGCGGAAGAAGUACAGGCAGCCCUGGUGGCCUUGGUAGCCCAGGACAAGCAGUAA